CGAUGACCAUCCCUCCAUACGACAUGCAUACAUACGUGUAUUUUCGGCCGCUGCUUUCGACAACAUUACUCACAAGACCGCCGCUUCAAUGCUACAAGGUUAUCAUAUCCACUUCUUGAGUCUGCACAGCGUCAAUUGCAGGCUUCCCACCCUGAAGAAUCAUUCGCCGGGCUUGACAGAUUUGCACAGACACUUGCUACUGUCGAGAAACGACUUGGAGUAUCGACAGGAGGGUUUAUCACCUAUUUAUUCUGUUGCAGGUCGUGUUGGGACGUCCAUUACCCUUCAGAACUGCCGAAACUUUUAUCUCCAGCAUGCAGCAAUCCCUACUGUGACGGCAUACUCUAUACAGUGAAGCGGCUGUCAGGUGGUGCUGAAAAGCGAACACCGGUACUGACCGUUCCCUUCGUACCUCCAUCCAGAGCAAUCCGACGAAUGUGUCUACAACCUGGGAAGGUCCAGCAAUGGCAACACUGGAGAGGCCCAGAUGAUACAUCACGACGACAACCUCCGACGGAUGUGCCGUGUGACAAUCUGAUCCCAAGCAUUACCUGUCGGCUGCCAUGAGGCACCUUUGCUUGCAUCGUUCCAACAUGUCGAACUUACAAGGCGAUGGCUCAUCGAAACCAAGCGCUGUCAAACGGGAAGAGAACACACCA